UUGUUACAGCAGAACAGAGCAAAAAUGGCCAUGGUCCUGGAUGCCUUCGCAUCCUACGUGCAAAACAUGCUGACCGAAAUGGUGAGCGAGGAGGUGCACAUGCUACUUGGAGUCGAAGACGACAUCGACAAGAUGGACGUCAAGCUUAGGGACCUCAAGAACUUCCUUGCCGACGCUGACAGGAGAAACAUCACCGACGAGACCGUGCGAGAGUGGGUCGGCCAGCUCAAGCGCGCCAUGUACAAAGCUGCCGACAUCCUCGACCUCUGCAAGCUCAAGGCCAUGGAGCGCGGUCCAUCCAAAGUAGACUGCGGGUGCUUCAACCCCUUGCUCUUUUGCAUGCGGAAUCCCUCCCUUGCCCGCGAUAUCGGCACCCGCAUCAAGGCGCUUAACAAGAGGCUCGACGCCAUCAAGGAGCGAAGCGCUGCUUUUAGCUUCAUCAAUCUUAGUUCCUAUGAGGAUCGUGGCAUCAAUGUGCACGCCCCUCGUUCUAGUGAUGCCAGGCGUGAGACAUCAGGGGAGUUCGACCGGCAGGGUGUAGUCGGGGAGAAGAUCGAAGAAGACACAAGAAAACUGGUUGAGAUGAUGCUUUCUGAAAAAGAGAGCAACAACAAUAUCAUGGUGUUCGCUGUUGUUGGUGUUGGUGGGAUCGGUAAGACCACUCUUGCCCAGAAAAUCUUCAAUGACGAAACAAUGAAUGCCAACUUUGACAAGACAAUAUGGUUGAGCAUCAACAAGGACUUUGACAAGGUUGAGCUUCUAAGGACAAUCAUCACGCAAGCCGGGGGAGUACAUGGUGGUGAAAAGGUGUUGGCUUUGCUUCAGUCAAUCCUUUCCACUACCUUGAAAGGGAAGAGGCUAUUCCUGAUGCUAGAUGAUGUUUGGAACCAUGGAGCAUGGGAUGAUGUGCUUAAAACACCCUUGUCUAAUGUUGUGGCUCGAGGUAGUCGAGUCGUCGUCACUACUAGAGAUGAAAGAGUGGCUCGAGGAUGAAAGAUGUGCUUCCCUACCACCAUGUGGACAAAUUGAAGGAGGAGGAUGCAUGGUCAUUGCUCA